GUAAAUGCCCACGACGAGGACGAGGAGCACGAGGUUCCGCAGCGACGAGUCCAGAUCCCCAAUUCGCCGCCUCCGUCCUUUCAUUCUCGCGCCUCCUCGCCAAGCCGAAAUGGCCGCGUCAAUAACGACCUUGCCGAUGCUUUUGACGAUGACGAUGCAAGCGACGACGAUGAAGCCGACGACAGACAAAGAUUAGUUCGACAGAACUCGACCCCAACCAUCCGAUCCACCAAUGACUCGUCUGCGCGACCCUCUGCGCCGACAGCGACGACUCCAACCUCAGCGACGCCGGAUACGGCUUCGUCUGGCUCACGACCCCGGGUGAUGGGGGGUGGAUUUGGUUCGGAUGGCGUGUUUGCCAACAUGUCAGCCCGACCCGAGCGAACAGAUGCCAACGCGGAAAAGGAGGAGCAGCCACCUACCUAUGAACAAGCUGCCGCAGAUGCCGCCCCUCCCUACUGGGAAACCACAAUUCUUGCGCCCGGCUACGGUGGUGCAGAUGAAGUCUAUGUCGACGGCAUGCCCGUCGGCUCGGUGUUUUCUUUUAUCUGGAACGGCAUGAUUUCGACCUCAUUCCAGCUUGUCGGCUUCCUGCUCACCUACCUCCUUCACUCCACUCAUGCUGCCAAGAACGGAUCACGAGCUGGCCUCGGCAUCACCCUUAUCCAGUACGGCUUUUACAUGCGAGGGUCGCCCGAUGACCCGCCUAAGAUGACGGGCCCAGACGGAUAUGCUGCGCCGCAAGAUCCAAACUCCCACAACUUUAACGUUGACGAUGUGCGUGAUGGCCCCAGCUCCGGCAUCUCAGGCAAUGACUGGAUGGCAUAUAUCCUGAUGGUCGUUGGCUGGUUCAUGCUUAUUAGGAGUGUGGCCGAGUUCAUGAGGGCCCGACGACACGAGCAACUGGUCCUGCAGAGCCCUGGCCGUGGACUCAAUGUUCCAAUCAUCGCAGAAGGCGAGAACUCGGAGCACGUGGUAUAG